GUAUGUGUAUGUGUGUUUCCUGAUCAGGCCAAGGACAGCGAUGAUGACGAAGAGGUGGUUCAGGUGGACAGGGACCACUUCAUGGAUGAGUUCUUUGAACAGGUGGAGGAGAUCAGAGGCUGUAUAGAGAAGCUGUCGGAGGAUGUAGAGCAGGUGAAGAAGCAGCACAGCGCCAUCCUGGCCGCGCCCAACCCUGACGAGAAGACCAAGCAGGAGUUGGAGGACCUCACAGCUGACAUCAAGAAGACAGCCAACAAAGUCCGCUCAAAAUUAAAAGCCAUCGAGCAGAGCAUCGAGCAGGAGGAGGGACUGAACAGAUCAUCAGCAGACCUGAGGAUCCGUAAGACACAGCACUCGACGCUGUCGCGUAAGUUUGUAGAGGUGAUGACUGAGUACAACACCACGCAGUCCAAGUACCGUGACCGUUGCAAGGACCGCAUCCAGAGGCAGCUGGAAAUCACUGGGCGAACCACCACCAAUGAGGAACUGGAGGAUAUGUUGGAGAGUGGCAAGCUGGCCAUCUUCACGGAUGAUAUCAAGAUGGACUCCCAGAUGACCAAGCAGGCUCUGAAUGAGAUCGAGACCCGACACACUGAGAUCAUCAAACUGGAAAACAGCAUCCGUGAGCUACAUGACAUGUUCGUGGACAUGGCCAUGCUGGUCGAGAGCCAGGGAGAGAUGAUUGACAGAAUUGAGUACAAUGUGGAACACUCCGUGGACUACGUAGAGCGAGCUGUAUCUGAUACCAAGAAGGCAGUCAAAUACCAGAGCCAAGCGCGCAAGAAGAAGAUCAUGAUCAUCAUCUGCUGCGUCAUCCUGGGCGUGGUCCUGGCGUCAACCAUUGGCGGAACGCUGGGCUUCUAGAACAACCUCUAACGCCCUGCCCCCCCCCCC